AUGUCCAAGUACGGCGUCAUGGUCAUGGGCCCUGCCGGGGCCGGCAAGUCCACCUUCUGCGCCUCCCUCAUAACCCAUCUGAACCUCAACCGCCGCUCCGCCUUCUACGUCAACCUCGACCCGGCCGCCGAGUCCUUCGAGCACGCCCCGGACCUCGACAUCAAAGACCUCAUCUCCCUCCACGAUGCCAUGGAAGAGGUCGGCCUGGGCCCCAACGGCGGCCUCAUCUACUGCUUCGAGUUCCUCAUGGAGAACCUCGACUUCCUCACCGAGGCCCUCGACAACCUCACCGAGGAGUACCUCAUCAUUUUCGACAUGCCGGGCCAGAUCGAGCUCUACACCCACAUCCCCAUCCUCCCGGCACUCGCCCGCUUUCUCUCUCAGCCGGGCAGUCUCGACAUUCGCCUCUGCGCCGCCUAUCUCCUCGAGGCGACCUUCGUCGUCGACCGCGCCAAAUUCUUCGCCGGCACCCUGAGUGCCAUGAGCGCCAUGAUCAUGCUCGAGAUCCCCCACAUCAACGUGCUGUCCAAGAUGGAUCUCGUCAAAGACCAGGUGCGCAAGAAGGACCUCAAGCGCUUUCUCACGCCCGAUACGGGCCUGCUCGACGAUGACCCCAUCUCGAUCGCCGCCGGCGGCGGUGAGCCUGACGACGGCCAGGGCGAGGUGCACGACCGCGAUCUCGUCAUGCGCGGCAGGAGCUUCCAGAGGCUGAACAGAGCUGUCGCCGGGCUGAUUGAGAGCUUCAGCAUGGUCAACUACCUCAAGCUGGACAACACAGACGAGGACAGCGUCGGUGCGAUUCUCAGCUACGUGGACGAUAUCAUACAGUACCACGAAGCGCAGGAGCCCAAGGAGCUCAAGGAUGAGGAGUUUGACGAGCUGCAAGACGACUAA